AUGUAUAAUGACCAGAAAAAAGAAGAUAAUGUUCAUUCAAAGUUCCAUCUCAGUGGAGCAGGUGUGGAUGAUGGCUUUUUUAGAAUCAAUGAAGAAAACGGAGAGGUUUAUCUCUUAAAAAAAAUUGACAGAGAGAAAACCCCCCAUUUCGAGAUGAAGUUUGAAAUCUUGACGGACGGCGUUGCAAUAGACGAUCCCCUAACUAUAAUUGUAGAUGUAGAGGACAUCAAUGACAAUGCACCUAUUUUUAAGAAUCUUCCCCUGAUUUUCAAUGUAAAGGAGAACACAAAGGGGAUCUUGCCAGUGGUGCUGGACGUUUGUGACGAGGAUCAGGAGGACACGCCUAACUCUAAAGUCACCAUCCGUAUGCUUAAACAGGAACCGGCAGAGCCCACGAUUGAGUUGAAACAGCUCAGUAACAGAAAGGCCCAGCUCACACUUAAAGGAUGUUUUGACUACGAUAGAAUCAAGACAUAUAAAGUUACGGUUGAAGCAAAAGAUCAUGGGAAGGGAUUUUUAUCCUCCACUGCUGUUGUUACUCUCAAUGUUGUUGACACAAACACCCAUCCACCAAAGUUCAAGAAAAAAAAGUUCUAUGGUGAGGUGAACGAAUCACAGCUCAAAAAGAACGUCUUGAGAGUCGAAGUAGAAGACAAAGACACUCGGAACACUCCUGGAUGGCGGGCCAAAUAUUUCUUUGUUGACAAAAAAGAGGAAGAAUUUUUCCAAAUUGAAACUGACCCCAAAACAAAUGAAGGUAUUCUGCACUUCAUUAAGGAAAAACAUUAUGAGAGGACAAUUAAUAUAACCUUGGAGAUCGGAGUAGAGAACGAAGAACCCCUUUUUGUUUGUGCAGACAAAUCAACCGGCAAAGUCACACUUCCACCUAUAGAUAAAAUCAACGUCACAAUAAAAAUGUUUGAAGUCAAUGACGCACCGCAGUUUGAGAAAGAGCAAGUUGAUGUGUACCUAAAGGAAGAGGAGGAGCCGGGGGAGGGGUGGCUCCCUCCAACGCUUGCUGAUCCGGACUCUGACAUAGACAAGAUAAGAGUCUACUUGGUUGAUGGAGACUUUAUCGACCACCCGAUGCAUCAGCCCUUUGAAUAUGACUACGAGGGUCAGAACAGCAAAUGCCAGUCACUGGAUAAGCUGUCCCUCAGCAACCUGGGAGAUGAUACAGAGUUUCUGAAUGAUUUAGGGCCAAAGUUCAUGACCUUGGGCAACAUCUGUCACCAAACAGCUCCAGACAACAACACACAGAUUUGA